AUGAUUCGAGUAGAGUGCCGAGCUCUUUGGUUAUAUAAUGAUGCUGUAUUUACUGAAAAUGAUUUUCAAAAUUUGAUCAAACUUGGUGCAGGAACAAAAGAAAAUGAUUUAGAUAAAAUUGGAAAAUUCGGACUUGGAUUCAAUUCAGUCUACAAUGUAACUGAUGUGCCAAGUUUAAUCAGUCAGCAAACAUUGAUUAUGCUAGAUCCACAUUGCAAAUAUCUAGGAAAAUAUGGUAACGGUGGCAUACGUCUUGAUUUCACACAAUCUCAACGAACGAUGCUACACGGUUACAAACAUCAAUUUGAACCAUAUAAUGGCAUUUUCGAUUGCAAUAUUUUUGAACUUAUUGAUGAACCAUUUAGUGGAACACUAUUUCGACUUCCAUUACGCACAAUUCAACAGGCUGAAACAAGCUUACUAAGUAACACAAUUUAUGAACAUCAUGCUAUACUUGACUUAUUAGAAAUGUUAGUUGAACGAGGGAGUCAAUUAUUGUUGUAUACACAAAAUGUGUGUAAAAUCGAACUGUAUGAACUCUUGUCACAAAAAGAAAAACCGAAACUGAUGUGUACAUUUCGAAAAGAGCCUGUUCAUUAUCUUCAACAGCAUAACCUUUUUGAGUAAGUACUUGUUGAAAAGAAAAAAAGUCUUUAUUUUAAUAUCGUAAGACUUGAGGAAUUUGUGAUUUAUUCAAGAAAAACUGUUUGAUGAUAAAAAACGUGUCAAAGCUAAGUAUAUAGCGAUAUCGAGAAUAUCGUCAAAAAAUUCUCGACUUUUACAUUUCCAUUUUUUUUGCUGGAUUUCUUCGAUAUUCUCGACUUCGAGAAUAUCGUCUCGCUAUAUGUUUAGUCAAAGCAUCAACUAAGCAGAGUACUACAAUUCCACUCAAAAAAUGUCACCCUUUCGACGCUUUUCGUAGUGUACAAUGAAAUGUUCCCUCUGAAUUGUCUUUGCAAAGCAUCUAGAAAACGCUCUGAUAAAACUUGCAAUUAUACUUAUCAUUGAAGACGCCUUCCUUUAGCUUGUCAUUUUCGAAAUUUGUCUGGAAUGUUUCUGGGAACUUCUUUUCUCAUACGCUAAAAUCGUUCUAUCUCUUCGCCAAAACAUUUUAUUUCGUAUGCGCUUUUGUACCUGUGGAUUAUAUAUUAUCAAAGUGUAAUGCCGAAAUUAUCCUGUGUUAGGUUUUCUAGAGUUUUAUUGAAAAGUAACGUCUAACUAAGAGUGUCUGAUCAGCGUGUCCUAUUAGAAUAUGUUUGCACUAUUAAAUAAAAAAAAUUAAUUCUUUCUGAUAAACGUAUAAAAAAAGAUAGGAGUGCCAUGUCCUAUGCUACUACUGUAUCGUUUUAAAGUAGAACAUGGCUUCUUAAGUAUUUUGUGCGGACUAAUUGAGCUGUGUCUAUUGAUGGAUAUGCAUCAAACGAGCAUCAUCAACAGCUAAUGGAAAUCAGUCGAAAAUCAUCCAAAAUCACUUGAUUUUCGAUGAUUCUCAGUGUUCCUCUAGGAUUUCCAAUGAUUCCAGUAAUUUCAUUUGCUUUUCAUUUGCUGAAAAUCGAUGAAAAUCAGCGAAAAUCGAAAAAAUCAAAACAUUAGCUUUUCCUCCUUGGUAUGCAGACAAGAUCUGAAUGAAGUCAUGCAUGAAGAGUUUGCAUGCACUACACUUCGUGCUUUACCUUCUCUUUGGACUAAAACACUGAAAUAUUAUCCUUUUUAGUGGUGAGCUCGAUAAAUUUGUUGCUCAAAGUAGUAUUCUGAGUGCAUCGGCUCGUUAUUCG